AUGUACCAAGGUCCUCCGCCAGGGAUGCAACCAGAGGGGUUUGGCCCGUACGGGCAGCCUGAGCCACCGAGUAACUUUCAGUUCUACCCCGGUGAGAUGCCGAUGUACCCGCCUGGUAUCCCCAUGUAUGGCGGGGACAUGCCCUUUCCCAGCGGGCCCAUGUAUGCUGAGGAUUGGGAGCCGCCCGUGCCACCGCUGUGCCGCAAGAGGUCUCUUUGCGGUCCGAUGACGGAGGAAGAACGAGGGAUUCACUUGCAAAACCGAGCUAUGCUGCAGAACGCAGGUGGGUCGGAGCCCCCGCCAAGAGAGGGCCUCGCGCGCAAGGGCAGCAUGUUUUCAAAAGGGUCACGCCAGAAUAGCCUGUCACGGUCGGCGAGCACCCGAGAUAUGAUCCUUGAUUCAUUUGCCUUGGAGUGCGAGGAGCGUGACAUGAUGAAGGAUUUUUACGGUGAAAUGGCAGGACGCAACGAUCGGUAUGAGUAUCGUGGGGCAAAAGCCGUGGGCUCGCGCAGGAAAGUGGAUGGCAAGGAUGUGGCCAUGCCUCGGGGCAAAGCAAAGCGCGGGGCAACGGGAUACGGCGGCGUGGCAAGCCAUCGCGAUGCCGUGAUGAAAGCAGGUGGUAAGUGGGGCAACUUGGGGAACUCGGGGCCAGGACAAGAGAUUAUGGGAAUGCCUCCUGAUCCGGCUAUGAUGGUUGACGUUAACCCUCCAGAGGAAGUGAUUGUAAUGAGUCAGAUGCCGAUGUCUGUCUAUACCGACGGCGAUGUUUUUGCUGGGGACCACUCGGAAGGACGACAAGACUGA